AUGAAGCUUUUUCCGACGAUCAUAAGACAAUUGGCGAAGCGUAUUCCCCAACUGACCCCUGGUGUCCAAAACGCAAUCCGUAACAACUAUGACGUUGGAACUAAAGGAAUGAGAGAACAAUUUGAUAUUUUACUCCUUCAACCACUGCUGGACUUGAAUUUAUCAGCUAUCCCAAUCCUAAAUAUGGUCAUCGUGAUUGACGCACUGGACGAAUGUGACGUGGACGAUGACAUGCGACUUAUACUCCAACUUCUACCACAGCUACAGAAGCUAAAUUCUGUACGUCUGCGAGUUUUCUUGACUAGCAGGCCUGAAUUACCAAUCCGCCUAGGAUUCAAAAAGAUUGCAAACCGUGAUCAUAAAGACUUGGCUCUCCAUGAAAUCCCCGAGGAAGUUAUUGAGCAUGAUUUACUAAUAUUCUUGAAAGACCGACUUUCUGAUAUUAGGCAAGAGCGAGAACCUCCCCUACCUCUCGACUGGCCUGGAGCUACAGAUCUCCACAAUCUAGUAAAAUUGUCUGUUCCACUGUUUGUUUUUGCUGCUACUAUUUGCCGUAUCCUCGAGGACCCUCUUUGGGAUCCUAUGGAUAGUCUCGCUGCGAUCCUCGAACGUCAAAACGACGAAUCUAAAUUAGACGGAACAUACCUUCCCGUGCUUAAUCGCCUACUUAACCGACAAAGUGAGAAACAAAAAGCGCGACUGGUUCAAGAAUUUCACCAAGUAGUGGGUCCAAUAGUGAUACUAGAGAACCCACUCUCAGUUAUCUCACUUUCAAGACUUCUAGGCAUCCCAAAAAGGCUUAUCUAUCUGAGACUGAAUCUACUGCACUCAGUUUUUAGUGUACCAGAUAAUGAGACUUUCCCGGUUCGGCUCUUUCAUCUAUCAUUUCGGGACUUUCUUCUUGAUCCGGAAACCCGCGAAAAGACUCCCUUUGGGGUGGAUGGGGAAGAAAUGCACCAGAUCGAUUGGCAAACUAUCGAUCGCUGUAUCCCUCCGGAAUUACAAUAUGCCUGUCAAUAUUGGGCUCGUCAUCUGGUGCAAUUCGCAGACUUAAAUGGUGUGAUGCAUGAUGCUCUCUUGUUUUUGCAGAGGCAUUUCCUGCACUGGGUGGAAGCUAUGAGUCUACAAGGUCUUAUAUCAGAAGUAGUAGGGAUUAUUAGUGCUCUGCAGGCGGUUCUACCAGAUAAUAACCAUUCCACAAUUUCCGGCUUCCUGCAUGAUGCGAAGCGCUUUAUUCUUAAAAACCGCAAAAUAGCCGAUGAAGCGCCUCUCCAACUUUACUGCUCAGGACUUGGAUUUACACCAAGGAGGUCGAUAAUUCGAAAGUUAUUCGAAGAAGAGCUCCCCAAUUGGAUAUUGUUUCCAGAUGUUGCCGAAACCUGGAGCACAGAGUUACAGGCCCUCGAGGGCCAUUCAGGUGGCAUUAACUCUGUGGCCUUCUCACCGGAUGGCCGACUGCUAGCCUCGGGAUCUGGUGAUAUGACCGUCAAGCUCUGGGAUCCCACCACAGGCGACCUGCAGCAGACACUCAAAGACCAUUCAUCUGCGGUAUCUUCUCUGGCUUUCUCACCAGCUGGCCAACUGCUGGCUUCAGGCUCUGGUGACAAGACUGUUAAACUCUGGGAUACCGCCACUGGUUCGCUGCAAGUGACUCUGGCUGUUCAAGGCAGACCUUAUGAACUCGCCUUUUCUACAAUUGGUCCAUAUCUGGAGACAACUUUGGGACCUGUUAACAUCCAGCAAUGGUAUAAGUAUAGCUCCCAGGCAUCACUAAUUGAUGCUGGAUUGUUUGUACAAAGUUUUCAUUGGGUCUAUUUCCGAGGUAAAAAGUUGCUAUGGCUUCCUCCUACGUAUCGGCCUAACUGCUGGGCAGUGAGAGAUGGCAUUCUUGUCCUUGGGAAUUCAUCGGGGAGCGUUUCUUUUAUCACGAUUUCCAUGUAA